GGAGCCUGAGCCGGCCCCGGCCGUUGCCAAGCCGCGCGGCGGGUUGCGAGGGGCGCGCCCCGGGCCCCUGCAGCGGGGGCGGUCUGGGAAAGCGAGAGCGGGUCGGGCCCGAGCUGCCGCUGACCCCUCCGCUGCGCGCGGGUGGUGCGUCCUUUGGCUGGUGGCGCUUUGCCCCUGCAGGUGGGAGCCGGCACGAUGGCUACGGGCAGCAGCUGGGCAUGGAAGCCCAUCGCACGGGACGCCCUGCUUGCACGUGGCUACCACUCGUGCGAUGUGGUGCGAGGGAAGCUGCUGCUCUUCGGGGGGCUGAAGUCGGGUGAACUCAAGGAGCCCCCCCUGGGGGACGUGGUGGCCUUCGACCCCACCCUGCUGACGGCUGCCACAGUGGCCCCCAACAGCGGGUACCAGCGCAGCCACCAUGACACGGCGGUGCUGGCCGACCGCUGGCUGUGCGUGGUGGGGGGCUGGGACGGCGCCCACAGGGUCUCGGCCGUGUGCUGCUGGGACACCGAGCAGGGACAGUGGGAGCGCUGGGCCGAGGGGCCCUCCAACGACCCCCCCGUGGGGCUCAGCAGCCAUACCUGCACGAAGGUGUCGGAGCAUGAGCUGCGGGUGGUGGGCAGGGAGGGUGGGCUUCGCACCCAGCGGCGCUUCGCCAGCAUCUACACCCUCCGUGUCAACCCUGCCACCAAGACCUACUGGUACAAGGAGGAGGAAUCGCGGGCAGCCUCUCGGGCUGGACACUCGGCCAUGCUGCUCCGCAACGCAGGUGGCUACCAGCUGGUGGUGUUUGGGGGCCGUGACUCCUCCGACUGUGAGGUGGCCGGGCGCUGGGGCAAGGGGAAAAUCCACGUAGAGUCCAUCCAUGCUCCCAAGCUAACAGAGCAGCUCUCCCGUCUGGUUGGCUCCGAGAAUGGCUCCCGGCAGGCUCCGAAAGGCCUGAGGCACCAAUCCUGCACGGUGGUGGGUCCCUUCGUGGUGGCUUUUGGUGGGGAGACCCUAACGAAGGGGCGAGACACCGUCUGUAACGAUCUCUAUGUCUACGAUACAAGAUGCUUGCCACCGAACUGGUUCCGCUUCCCCUGCUCAGAUCGGGGCCAGAAGAGAGUCGGGCACCGCACAUGCCUUUGGAACGACAAGCUCUAUCUUGUGGGGGGCUUUGGCCCAGAUGGGAAGACCCCCUGCCCUGAGAUCUGCAUCUUAGAGAUCCCCUAGUGAGGAAGAGGAGAGAGAGGAGGACGUCCCCCUCCUCUCCGGCGCCCUCCCCACUCAUUCCCUGGCAAUUGCGUGGCUCCUGCAAGCGACCCUGAGAGCCAGCUCUGUUUAUGUGUAAUAAAAGUGCCCCUUGUUGGCCCAGCUCCCCCUCCUCUCCGCAGGGAGCUGCACGCUGGCACCAGGGAUUUAACUCAAACAAGAGAGAGAAUGGGGAGAAAAAGUUUCUUUGCUAAAGAGUCAGACCCCCGCCCGCCGGUCUCUAGGAACACACAGUCGGCUCUCUGCGGCCUCCCGCACCGCCAGGAGAGGCCAGGUGUGGUGGUGCUGACAUGUCUCAGGGGAAAAAGAAACCAAACAUGGCUGAAUGGGGCAGGUCUGCGUGGUCUGCUGGGAGCAGGGGAAGGGCAGGGAGUUGUUCUCUUCCCCCACGGAUCACCGUUAAAAUAAAGCCUUCCACCCUCUCGAGAAUUCAUCAGCGGAAACGACUGGCUGGCCCGUCCCUUGUCCCAAGGCAGGGCCGGGAAGCAGCCUGGUGCUAGAACCAGGCCUGGAGAACGAAAGCUGUUCCCAGCCGUUCCCUAGUUCGCGUGUGAAAUGACUUGAGGGGGCGAACGGGGGGGUGCCUGCACCACCAGCCCCCAGGGAGGAGGCUGUGCCCUCCAGCACACAGACCGGUUUCCCCGAAGUUCCAAGCCGCGCUGUCGGAGGAUGGCUUAGUAUGGCCAGCCCGGCCCUCAGCUCGUGCCAGGAGAAGGGACCUUGGCUUCCGUGCAGCUCUCACGACAUCACAGCCGGAAACUUUCCCACAUUCGUAUGCCAAGUGAGCACUUGUAAAUGAAAGAGGCCUCAGCUGGGACAAGUCCCCAGCCAAAGGACUUGGCGUUAAUCACCUCCUAAAAAUAACUCGGGCCUGUGAUUGCUUCCCCAUUCAGAGCAUGAUAUGAUGGGGCAUCACGCCCUCUCAGACUCUUCUGCCAGCCAUGUGGUCCUGCAGAUGUACCCCACCCUACAGUGGGGCCAUGUGGCUUUGAGAGGCUUUUGGAGAGAGGACUUGAACUUCAACCUUCCCUUGGGGGGCACACUCAGCAAAGGGCCAGGGACGGAUCCCGGGGCGAGGGCUGGUCUCCUUUCUGCCCCCCACCUCUGAAGGUCACAGCUGAGGCACGGGGGUUGCGGAGCGAAGGGUGGCUUGCAUGCUCUGGACGCUGUAGAGGAGCAAAGAGAACCACCCUUGCUGGGGAGGGGAGGGGGAAGAGGGCGGGGAAGGCCUGCUCCAACAUGUGCAUGCCCCAGCUGUGCUCACCCUCUGUAUGUUCCAGCCCUUUCCACCAGGCUUGUCUAGUUAAGCUGUAAACUCUUUGAUAUGAGGACUGGUCCCCCAGUGUGUUGUGUAUGCAGCAUCCAGCACAGGGGCCCCGAUCUGAGUUGGGGUCCCCUUAGCACUACUGGACUACAUGCACUGACUGUUUCAGACUCUCUGCAAACUCAGGCAGGCAUCUCUGCAGCCGAGGUGGGUUUUCUUUGCACUCAUAACACCUAGAGAUUGAGUUAUUAAAAAUGCCUUCAGCUGAGACGGUGGAGAACAAGGUCUGUGCAUGCCCCAGCCCCUCCCUCGGGUUCUGGAAUUAAGCCCCAAAACACUGGGCUGAACUGCCAGUUAUCUCCCAGCAACCACUGGGGUCACAGCUUCAAAGUCCUGGCCUGGAAUCCAGAGGGACUAGCGCAGAUUGGGUCCAGGUUGCUUCUACCCAGCAGGUCACAGAGAGUUUGUCUCCGACUCCUGGCUUAGCUCCAGCCAUCCAUUCCCCACCGCCGGUGCAGGAGAGUUUUAUUUCAGGCCCAGGGUUGCAGUUUCAGCAGGGAGCGGGGAUGGACAGUGAACCUCAACCACCAUACGCGAGCUGGGUUUUGCCCUGGAAAAGCCAAGCCCUCUGACAGCCAGCACCUGAAUGGGCUGGGAGGGUAGGAACAGAAGGAUGGAUCCUCUGCUGAUUUAAAGGGUGCAGCACCAUGCAUCCAUCAGCUAAGGGGCAGGACUAGAAUAUGUAGCGCCCCUGGUUUUGUUUCACCAAAAACUGUACCACAAUUAACUUUGUUCUGAGGCGGGGCUGGAUGGGCUGUCGAGCAGUGUCUUUCAAGCUUUUUUUUUUCUGGCCACCGAGUUGAAGAAAAUUGUUGAUGUCCGUGACCCAACGGAG